GUGGGAGGCGGCGUCCGCAGCGCGUUUGUCCGUCCGUCCGUCCGAGCCGCAUCGGGGGCCCGCGUCGUCCCCCGGCCGUUCCUGCCUCUCCGGAAUCAUUGAAAUUGUGCUAUGAAUGGUGAAUCCAGAACAGAGGUGGUAACUUCACCACUUCCAACAGCCCCUCAUAAAGAGAGGUAUUUUGAUAAAGUUGAUGAAAAUAACCCAGAGUACUUGCGGGAGAGGAACAUGGCGCCUGACCUUCGCCAGGAUUUCAAUAUGAUGGAACAGAAGAAGAGAGUCUCCAUGAUUCUUCAAAGCCCAGCAUUUUGUGAAGAACUGGAAUCAAUGAUCCAGGAACAAAUUAAAAAAGGAAAGAACCCAACAGGCUUACUGGCUUUACAACAGAUUGCAGACUUCAUGACAGCAAAUGUUCCAAAUGUCUACCCAGCAGCACCUCAAGGUGGAAUGACUGCCUUAAACAUGAGUCUUGGCAUGGUAACACCUGUGAAUGAUCUCAGGGGAUCAGAUUCCAUUGCUUAUGAGAAAGGAGAAAAAAUACUGAGGUGUAAGCUAGCAGCCUUCUACAGACUAGCUGAUCUCUUUGGUUGGUCACAGCUUAUUUAUAAUCACAUAACAGUCAGAGUAAAUUUGGAGCAGGAACACUUUCUCAUUGUGCCUUUUGGUCUUCUCUAUAGUGAGGUUACUGCAUCUAGUCUGGUUAAAGUAAAUAUUCAAGGUGAUGUAGUAGAUCGUGGAAGCACUAAUCUGGGAGUUAAUCAAGCUGGCUUCACGUUGCACUCUGCCAUUUAUGCAGCUCGACCUGACAUUAAGUGCAUUGUCCAUAUUCACACACCAGCAGGGACAGCGGUGUCUGCAAUGAAGCAUGGUCUCUUACCAGUCUCACCUGAGGCAUUGUCCCUUGGAGAAAUAGCAUAUCAUGAUUACCAUGGGAUUCUUGUGGACAAUGAGGAGAAAGUGUUGAUUCAGAAGGAUCUGGGUCCCAAAAGCAAGGUUUUAAUACUCAGAAAUCAUGGCUUGGUAUCAUUUGGAGGAAGUGUUGAAGAGGCUUUCUACUAUAUUCAUAAUUUGGUUGUUGCCUGUGAGAUCCAAGUACGUACUCUGGCCAGUGCAGGAGGGCCGGACAACUUAGUGCUUUUGGACCCAGAAAGAUAUAAAGCAAAGACUCAUUAUCAUGAGUUUCUAGCAGGGGAGGAAACAGCAUCUUAUCCAAAAUGGCGGCCUGGAGAACAGGAAUUUGAAGCUCUUAUGCGAAUGCUUGAUAAUUUGGGUUACAGAACUGGCUAUCCCUAUCGAUGCCCUGCUCUGAGAGAAAAAUCUAAAAAAUGCAGUGAUGUGGAGAUUCCUGCCUGUGUCACAGGGUAUUCUUUUGCUAGUGAUGGGGACUUGGGCCCUUGUUCUCCUCUGCGGCAUAGUUUUCAGAAACAGCAGCGAGAGAAGACAAGGUGGCUGAAUUCUGGCCGAGGAGACGAUGCUUCUGAAGAAGGGCAGAAUGGCGGCAGCCCCAAGUUGAAGACUAAGGUGUGGACGAACAUUACACACGAUCACGUGAAACCCUUGCUGCAGUCUCUCUCGUCCGGUGUCUGCGUGCCAAGCUGUAUUACCAACUGCUUGUGGACCAAAGAGGAUGGACAUAGAACUGCCACCUCUGCUGUCCAAAAUCUAUUCGUUCCAUUGAAUACUAACCCAAAGGAGGUCCAAGAAAUGAGAAACAAGAUCCGGGAGCAAAACCUGCAAGAUAUCAAAACUGCUGGCCCGCAGUCACAGGUUCUUUCUGGGGUUGUUGUAGACAGGAGCCUAGUACAGAAAGUAACUGUUUAUAAGGAUGCACCCCUCUCAGACUGUACGGAAACAAUUGAAGGGCUCGAUCCCACAGAGCAGGCUUUUAGUCCCGCUAAAUCUGUCUCUGUUAGAAAGGGAGAACUGGUGACAGCAUCAAAGGCAAUAAUUGAGAAGGAAUAUCAGCCACGAGUCGUAGUGAGCACAACAGGACCAAACCCCUUCAACAAGCUCACAGACAGAGAACUGGAAGAGUAUCGCAGAGAAAUAGAAAGAAAACAAAGACAGUCAGAAGAAGACUUAGAAGAUGCCAGCCAGCAAAGAGAAAGGAGCUCUCCUGUUGCUUGCAUUUCACCCAUUACUCCAGUCAAGCUAGAGGAAGAGAGGCAACCUAACCAGACUUAUUACGAUGACAGUGACGCUGCAACUUUCAAGCAAAGCCUCCCAGACCUAACCCCUGAUGAACCUUCAGAAGCCCUCAGCUUCCCAACCUUUGGAAAAGAGGAUGAUAAAUGUGACAAAGAUCUCACCCAAAGCCAAACUGAAAACCAGGAGCCCCAGUCUCAGCUUGGUGAAAACACCAUGACCCCAGUGGCUGAGGAGGUGGCAGCCGCUGAACUAGGUGGUGAUGAGUCUCCUGGGAAGUCUCCGUCCAAGAAGAAGAAGAAGUUCCGUACACCUUCCUUCCUGAAGAAAAAUAAAAAGAAGAGUGACUCCUAAAGACCUUUAAAAAUGCUAUUACGUUUUAGAAUCUUACAUUUAUUAAGCACUAGAAUGUAUCCGAUCUUACUGAGUAUUUUCUUUUUGUCUUUUACAUAAAAAGCAGAACAAGCAACACCUUAAAUCUAUAGUUUGAGUAAGAUUAUAUUGAAAAAUUAAGAAGCAGAAUUUGCUAAUCUUGUGUGUGCAAACAGAAGCUAACCAUGAUUUAUUCCUAGUAUGUAAACAAAAGUAAAUUACGUCAGUGUGUGUAACUUUGAAAACCCAUGUUGCUUUUUAUCAAAGCAAGCAUUUUUCAAAAGGUCCUGCUUAACACAGACAAUGUAUCCUUGUCUCAGAGCUUGUCUUGCAAGUGGCUUUAAGUACUGACAACUUGGAAAUGGUUGCAUUUAUGUUUUCAAAGGUUAUAUUAUUGAACUGAGUAUCUGCUUUAGCACUGUGUAACUAGAAAUAAUGUUACACUGAGGCUUUUAAAAUUCUGUCUUUCUUCCCUCUUAUUCUGUAUGCUGAGUUUUAAAGCUAUUUGUACUGUUUAAGACGACAUAAGUAACCUGUAGGGUUUCCUGCCUUUUUUCCUAAUAUGCCUCUAAUAUGUUUAAUGUAAUCUUUUUCACAGAGCAAUCAGCUGUUUUACUAAUUUGUUUUCUAGGGAGAUGUUGUAUUGAAACUCACCUAAAACUUGGAAGUUAAAUUCAAGCCCUUGGAAAUAAAAUCUCCACAGAUCUGCAUUUAUUUACCACCUCAUUCAAUUGCUCUAAUAUGUUGUAACCACUUACUGAUGUGUUAACUGUUAUUAACACUGUCAGCAGUCAUUAUGGUAACUGGAUCAGUCAUUUCCUAAUAGCAGUUGAAUCAAGACCAUGUGGCACAUUUCUGUGAGCCCUGGAAAGGCUUGCCAUAUUCUAUCAGCAAGUGAUAUAGUUCAGACUUGGCAGAGCUUGCUAUCCUAUUCUACUUCUCUGGAUUUGCUCAUUUAAAAAUAGAAUGCAAAGACUAAAUUUUGAGUUGUGCAUGUGAAUAUUUCCAACAACUUUACCCUAAUGAUUGGUAUUCUUUCAAAACUUAAACUCUGCUAAUUUCUAGUUAUAACAAAAACUAGUGUUCAUAUAUUACUUGAGGACAUGAGGAACUAAGACAGUUUUAUGAAAUAACAUGAACUUAAUAAUGAAUAGUAUACUGCUUCAAGAUCAUGGUUUUGUUUGUUCUUUGUCCUUCAAGUAAAAUCUGAUAAAAUAGCUAGUAUUGAAUGCAAUAUAACUUGUGCUUUUAAAAAAUACAAAAAUAUAUAAUGAAUUCAGUGAUUGGAUGCAGCUUAAUUGUAAAUGUCCCAACUAUGUUAAGUUCCAAAUAGAUACCUUGGAGCAGUUUAAAAUAGUAAAUAAAUUUUACUUCUGUAAUAUCUGUGUCGAAGGAGUAUAAGGAAAUGAGGGUUUGUGGCAGUAAUAUCAACUCUACAGGGAAACUGAUGAGCGAGAGAGAGAGAGAGAGAAAUCUUAACAGUAAUGUUUCCUAUGGAUUGCAUGGCACUAAUGGCUUUAAGCUUGUUGCCUAACUGUGUGUCCUGUGAACACUAAAAAGCUUAAUUGUGUCUCAUUGUCAGGAUUGAAAUUGCAUUACAAAAGCCGUUGCUUCAGUGUUUCUAUUAUAAAUUGUAGGGGCCCUAUCUUUUGACCACAUAUGCAAUGAUAGUUAAGUUCUAAUUUUGUAGUUCUCAACUCUUUCUAUUAAAAUAUAAAAUCUAGUUGUGUAGAUUUGUUUGGGAGUUUGACUUGUGGGCAGUGGGAAAUGGGUUGGAAAAGGGAAGUGUUCUGUAUUUUUCUUCUUUUGCUUAUCAUUCAAUUCUACUCACAAAUAAAAUUCUUUAAAGAAGG